CUGUACUCUGCACCACUUACGGUCCGUUAUUAUAUGGUGCAGAACAGGAUCUUGUUACCAUGACCCGAGUAGGGUCAACUUUACUGUCUCUUUAGUUUGUGAACACUGUUUAAUGAGUGUCGAGGUGUCACUGAGCAAGAUAGCUCAUCCUAACUGCUCCCGACGAUCUGGAUGUCGCAUUGCAAGGACACGCCGUUGAUUGAUCGUGUGGAAGAACGACGGACUCGGUUCCAGGACAACAUUGAGAAGGCAGAGUUCAGGACCAGACGCGAGGUGCUGUCGGACAGAGAAAGACAAGAUUUGGAAGAUGAAAUGACCAUCAUGCGCGAGAGGGUGCAAAGGUUAGACAAGGACCUUAUUACUCUACGAGGUGAGAACCGCCGGAACAUGAUGCUGUCCGUGGCUCUUCUGGCUCUCAGUGCUUUCUUCUACUACGCCUUCAUCUAUGGAGAUGAAGAUCUCUGAUCUCAGAACAGAACUCGACUUCAAGUCAGCUCGUUUUGUACGAUAUGGAGCAAUGGCCUCUUUCGACUGGGAGGACACAUUCAUAUAUCUUUAUCACAUCUUAAAAUGUUUUUAAAUUAUAUUUUCGAUAUCCGAGUUUUGUCUUGUGCUUGCGAACUGAAAUAUUGUAAUGGAUUUCUAUUUUGUAGCUGUUCAGCUCAGUGGUAAACGGCAAUAGCCUGACCACCACAUGUGUACAUUGAAUUUUCAAUUUAUAUAAAAGCACAUUCCUGUUAAGCUCAUACAGAGCUGCCCCAUUUCAUUCAUUACUUUACUUUUUUGCCUAACAUUACUUAUUUCUUUACAUUCCUUAAUUGAAGCUGUCUUAAAUGCUUGAAUGGCAAAUGCAUUUUAAGGAUAGUAGUUGGAUUUGGUUGAAGUCAUACAUUGCCAAAAGCUUUCCUUGUUGGGGGCAUAAUUUGGACUAAGCUAUUAAAACAUGCCAACGUUUGUAUUUCCAUUUUCAUUAGUUUGUUAAACGAAUAUAUCUCAAAGGAUAUUCAUUUAUGUUUUUUUUACGUUGUUUGUACACAAUACAAUAAAGGCUUUAAUACUUUUUCCUUACCAUGAUUAGGAUAUUGGUUGAAUUACUUUAGUUCUGACUUGAUUAGCCAAAUUAUAUUUUGAUCUGUUAUACCCUAUGUCGGUUUGUUAAAACGGACCAACUUGGAAGUCGGCCGUGGAAACUAUUUGAAAGAGGCAAAGCAGGGGCCUCUUAAGUAUUCAGUUUUUUGCUCAGGAAAUGUCCUUUCCUAACGAGAUGACCCGGAAGUACGUGGAGGAAAGGUUGUUAAAAAUCUAAAAAUGUUUAGGAAGGUGCCUCGAUGCAACGUCCUUUAGCAUAGGUUACUCCUUAAAGGAGAAAUCCGGUUUAAAAUGGAACUGGGAUAUGUUUAAGAUGAUAACGAGAUGGGAUGUUCGUUUGGGAGCACAAAAGCGCAUGUAAACGCAUUCUUAAAUAGGCUGUUUUUAGCCGAUUCUACCAAAACGCUAUAAACUGGGAACCAUGGGGGCAUCUUGUCAUGGUAAAAACGAAAUCGUUAUUUUAAACAACUUAAAAGGCUAGAAGUGGCCUGACACUUCUUUGAUAGUAUAAUAUGGGUCUUAAAAUAUAAAAC